AUGGAAGGAUAAAGUGUGUUGGAUACAAUAAUUAAUCGACCCUAGCUAGCUCUAUAUAAAGGAGAGCUUGAGCAAGGGUUGAAGCACACACCACCAAAGCUAAUUGCUCAGUGGGCAUAUGGCUAUGGCAAUUCAAGGUGGUUCUCUUUGCUUCUCCUCUGUAGUCCUGUUACUAUUUCUUGCACAAUAUGCCAAUGCUGUAUCCUUGAACUGUGAUCGCUUCCCGGAGCUCUCUUCGCCGGCAUCUGGGCUUCGGCGCCGAGAGCUUUGGGCUAAUCGAUUCUCUUCCCCUGGCUUUCUUAGGGAGCCCUCCUCUGAUGAUGCCCUAGUUAGGAGUAAUUUUCCACCUGACUUCAUUUUUGGUUCUGCAACAGCUGCUUACCAGGUGGAAGGAGCAGCACACGAAGAUGGUAGAGGGCCAAGUGUUUGGGACAUUUUCAGUGAGGGAUCUCCUGAGAGGAUAUCUGAUGGAAGCAAUGGAAGUGUGGCCAUUGAUUUUUAUCAUCGUUAUAAGGAUGACGUAGCUUUGAUGAAGGAAAUAGGAAUGGAUGCUUUUCGGUUCUCCAUCUCUUGGUCUAGAGUACUGCCUGGUGGAAGCCUAAAAAAUGGGGGAGUAAACCCUCAAGGAAUCAAAUUUUACAAUGAUCUCAUCAAUGAGGUUAUUAGUCAAGGUAUGACACCCUAUGUCACCCUUUUUCACUGGGAUGCUCCUCAAGGUUUAGAAGAUGAAUACAAUGGCUUUCUAAGCCAAAGGAUUGUGAAGGAUUUUAAAGAUUUUGCAAAAGUUUGCUUUGAUAAUUUUGGGGACCGAGUGAAGCAUUGGAUUACCUUGAACGAGCCAUGGACUUUUAGUGUUUAUGGCUAUGACUAUGGUUAUCACGCCCCGGGACGGUGUUCCACAUGGGUGAAUGAAAACUGCACAGCUGGGAACUCAUCUACAGAGCCUUACAUCGUAGCGCACAAUCUCCUUCUUUCUCAUGCAGCUGCUGUCCAACUAUAUAGGAAGAAGUAUCAGGCAGUUCAAAAGGGUCAGAUUGGAUUGACCCUAAACUUGUUUUGGAUGGUAAAUUACACUGAUAGUCAAUGUGACAUAGAAGCAGCUGAAAGAGCCAUAGAUUUCAUGUAUGGAUGGUUUCUCCAUCCAACAACUUAUGGAGAUUAUCCAUGCAGUAUGAAAGAUAUUGUCCAAGAUCGGCUACCCAAAUUCACUACUGAGCAAUCCAAGUUGCUGAAAAAAUCUUAUGAUUUUGUUGGAGUAAAUUACUACACAGCUCGUUAUGCAGCAAAUAAUCCAUACUCUAAUCGGGUUAAUGUUAGCUACAUGAACGAUUUCCUUGUUGACCUUGAGACGGAAAAAGAUGGAGAACCCAUUGGUACAGCGUCGGACUUAUCAUGGCUCUAUGUCUAUCCAAGUGGAAUUAAGGAUCUUCUAAAGUACACCAAGGAAAAAUAUGACAAUCCGACAAUUUACGUCACUGAGAAUGGAUAUAGUGAGUCAAAUAAUAAGAGUAAACCACUUAAGGAAUCCCUCAAUGACACUACGAGAAUAGACUACUACAAGUCUCAUCUUGAAUAUGUUCAAGCUGCCAUUGAUGAGGAUGAAGUUGAUGUCAAGGGUUUCUUUACAUGGUCAUUUGCGGACAAUUACGAAUGGAGUGAUGGGUAUACUGCAAGGUUUGGGAUAGUGUUCAUAGAUUAUGAUGAUGAUUUGAAGAGGUACCCGAAAAGCACCACUUGUUGGCUUCAAAAGUUUCUCCAGAAUUAGGAGAGAAUGUUUCAAGAAUAAAAAUGUGCCUUUUCCUUAUUCUACUUGGAUGUACUAAAUUAGCAAGAGGAAGACUAUAGCUUCUUUCUCAUUAUCUAUAAUUAAUAAAUAAUGACUUUGUCAUCUA